AAUAGCACUACACUUUCAUUUUAAUCUAGUUAACAGGUGUUUGUGUUUGUGUUUGAUAAUGCUCUCUAACUUUAUAAUUUGUGUGAUCUCUUUACAGAUUUUGGGGAUUUCUGGAAUAUUUGCAUUGGAUGAAGAUUGUAGUUAUAACUCAAAUUGCACCGGUAAUGCCAUAUGCAAAGAUAAAAAAUGUGUUUGUGAUCAAAUUUCUUAUACCGAUACUGAUGGCAGCUGCCUACCGUAUGUGGUAGAAUACCAGUCGUAUUGUAAGAAAUCCAAACAAUGUGAAUGGUUGGGAGACAACGCAUCUUGUAUCAACAAUGUCUGUGUUUGUGACACCAGAUUCAGAUGGUACAAAGGGAAAUGUCAAAAAUAUGUCGGCAAAGGUGAUAGUUGUAAAAACGAUAUCGACUGUUACGAUAAGAACGAUCCUCUGGCCUUACAAUGUUCUUCUGGAAAGUGUACUUGUAGCAAAAAUUAUUAUGAUAGAGUAUAUGAUUGUAGGAUAAAGACUAGAAAGCACACAUGUGCUAUAGAUAUGGACUGCAACGACGAUAAAUUGAUUUGCCAUAUUGGAAAGUGUAUUAAGAAAAAUGACACUUUAUUGCUUGACCAAAUUCUUCAAUUUGAACAUAAUUUUGAAGAAGUACCCAAUGACUACGAAGACGUAAAAAGUGAUUACAUUUAUGGAAGUAACAUUAAUUGUACAUAUGAUAAUGAUUGUAUUAAUAUGAAAAAUUCAUUUUGUGAUGAAAAAGAAAAAAUUUGCAAAUGUUCAAGUGCCUAUCAGUUUCUCAAUGAAGAAGGAAACUGUCUGCCAGGUUUUGGAAUUUGUGAUAAAAGUGCCGAUUGCACUGAAGCAAACACAAUGUGUUUUCAUAAUUCGUGUGUUUGUAAACAAGGUUACUUCUUUUUUGGCAAUAAAUGUAUCCCAGAACUCGGUAUGGCAGACUCAUCUUUGACAAGUGCAAGUAAAUGUGUUAUAAAACCUUCGUCGUGGCAGCAUAACACAUGUUACUGUUUAGACUAUUGGUUUGGAGAUGAAUCAAAUAGAAAUUGUAUUAAAACAACACUUCAAGACACUUUGUCUUGUAUGAAUAAUGAUUGGUGUAAUGCAAUGGGUCCACAUGCUUAUUGCAACUCAGCAAAUCGAUGCCAGUGUGACAAAUAUUCGAAGUUUAAUUCAACAUAUUUUUACUGUGAAGUUACUAAACAAAAUACAGGUAUGUGUUUAAGAGAUUCAGAUUGUCCUUUCAAUGAACGAUGUCAAUAUGAAAAGUGUGUUUGCAUCGAGCAUUUUUCUACAGAUAAAGAGCUAAUCUGUCAACCUGACCUGGAGGGUUCAUGUUUAAUUCAGUCCUGUUCUCAAACCGAAAACUCCCAUUGUUUACAAGGUGUUUGUAAAUGUAAUAAAAACUACUUGAAUUACAAGAAACAAUGUCUUAAAAUUGCUGAAAAUUGGAAUGACGUAUGUGAAGUAUCGGAACAAUGUCAAAACUUUAAAUUUUCCGAAUGCGAUAAAAGGCAAAGAAAAUGCACAUGUGUUGAUGGAUAUAUGGACGUUGAAGGUGUGUGUUGGAAAUCUAAAAGAUAUGGAGAUCCAUGUAUGAAUGAAGAAUCCUGUACAAAAGUCCUUAAUGAGUUUUACCAGUGCAGGAAUAGCAAAUGUCUCUGUCCAAUAGGUGACACAUUGGAAAACGACUACUGUGUGACCAGUUCUUCAACAUACACCAACUCAUCAUUUAUUUUAUUUUCUCUUCUACUAUUAGUUUUAUAUUGAUUUUAUAACAAAAACUAGAAAUUUGAAUUAAAUUAUUUAAUACACAAAC